GAUUAGUAUCGCAUUUGUUAAUUUAUCGGAAAAUUUAUCUUUUCCUUUUUUUGGUAUAAAUAAGUCGUGAUAGGGUAACAAAGCGGCUUAGCGUUGGUGAACUCGCAAGAAUGAAAUCUUUAGCUCUUUUGUUAGUGGCGGCAGCGUUCGCUCAGGCGAGCGUGUUGCCUCAGACUAAUGCUUAUGGAUACUUGAAGAAUUCCAUUGCCCUAGGAGAGAAGUUGCGGACAAGGGAAGAACAGUUCCUGAACCAGAGAAUCGUCGGAGGUGUGCCGGCUACACACGCACAAGUUCCUUACCAGGCAGGUCUGAUCAUUGACAUUAUUGGCUUGGAGGGCAGGGGUGUAUGCGGCGGUUCUCUUGUCAGUGCAAACAGAGUCAUCACCGCUGCCCAUUGUUGGUCCGACGGCGUGCACCAGGGGUGGAGGCUUACAGUGGUCUUGGGAUCGACUCUCCUUUUUUCUGGCGGGCAAAGGAUUGAGACCAGCGUGAUUGCCAUGCAUACGAAUUGGAUCCCAAUUCUAGUUCGUAAUGAUGUAGCCGUGAUCUACUUGCCCAGCAACGUACAAUUUUCAAACACUAUCUCCCCCGUGGCUCUGCCUUCCGCGAGCUUACUAAACGAGGACUUUGCUGGUGAACGUGCCACCGCAUCUGGAUUUGGCUUGACCAGUGAUGGUGCUGGCAUUUCUACCGGCCAGUUUUUGAGCAUUGUGAACCUGAACGUGAUCAGGAACUCCGUGUGCCGCGCCAGCUUCCCUCUCUUUGUCCACGAGAGCAACAUCUGCACCAGCGGCGUCGGCGGUGUCGGCACUUGCCAAGGUGACUCCGGUGGUCCUCUUGUCGUCAGCAGAGACAACCAGCAAAUCUUAAUUGGCAUCACCUCCUUCGGUUCUCCCCUUGGGUGCGAAUCGAUAAUGCCUGCCGCUUAUGCCAGAGUUACAAGUUUCAUCGCUUUCUUCAACCAGCACAUACAAAGCAACUGAUUCUAUUAAAUACAUUUAAUAAAAAUCACAUAUUUGUUUCUUUACUAUCGCAGCUAUGCUAAUGAUGCUUUAUCAUGAACGGGAUCUCACAUCUGUCGACAUAUCCAUUCUUUCUGAAUCAGAUUUAGAGUCCUUUAGUCGCCAAUUAACUGCCGCUAUCCACUCAGCAGCUGAGAGGGUCUUUGUCACCGUGUGUAAUAACGUUUUAUAUCAACGAAAUCAAAAUGCAAAAAUGCCGAAUUAAGCAGAUCCUCAUUAUGCUUAACGCAAAGUUCAAAAUCCAAGUCUUGAAACGCAUCACCCGCAAGCCUCGCUUUCUAGUCUUCAACCUACAAAAAACCAUAACAGAAUACGUGAAUGCAAUAUAGAGAAUCAUCAGCUCAU